GCACAAAACCACCCGCCCCCCACCACCAUCUCCCCUUCCCCCAAAAGGAUCAUUCGCCAGCCUUUCGAUCCAUCGGACGAACACCUCCAUCGAAUCACUCGCCCACCACCACCACCGACCAGAGACCCCCACUCCAGCCGCCGGCGAGGGCGACCCCAUGGGGUGCGCGCAGUCCAAUGAGGACGGCGAGGGCCCCGUGGCGCGGUGCCGCGAGCGGAAGCACCUCCUGCGCGACGCCGUCGCCGCCCGCCACGCGCUGGCGGGCGCGCACGCGGGCCACGCCGCCGCGCUCAAGAACGUCGGCGCCGCGCUCUCCGACUACGCCUCCGGCGAGGGCGAGGCCCACGCCGGCGGGGCUCUGCGGUCGGGGUCGGCUGACUCUUCGGCCGCGGCGGCGGCGCUCGUCACGGCGUCCUCCGAUGGCAAGCCCGUGCUGGCUAUCCUGCCGCCGCCGCCGCCCGAGCUUCCCCCGCCUCCCCCGCCCCCGCCGCUGCCUCCGCAUGGCGACGUUGAGGCGGCGCCGCUCGCGAGGUCGAUGAGCGCGCCGGACCUGCACCUGCAGCAGCCGAUCAAGAAGAAGCCGUCCGGCGAGGCGCCCAUCAUGGAGGAGGAGGACGACGAGGGCGGCGACGGCGGCGACGCGGGAGGACGGCGAGGUGACGACGACGCCGAACUGAAGCCACCCCCGCCGCUCCCCUCGCAGCGCCCCCCUCCCUCCCGCUCCCCGCCUCCCCUCCCGCCGGAGAAUGACCACAAGGUGGACACCCCCGGCGGGUUCAUCAGCUCCUUGUUCGACUCCAUGCCGCCGCCCACUCUGGACACCGCCGCCGCCGAGCCAUCGUCUUCGGCGUCGGCCGAGCGGAGAGAACCACCACCCCCCGCGCCGGACGAACACCAGCCAUCGGCGGCGGCGAGAGAGGUGGCGGAGGGCAAGAGGCCGGCCGCGGCAGAGGCGGCGACGACGCGGCGGGCGAUGACGCAGAAGGCGGCGAGGAAGGGGAAGGCGAAGGCGGUGAUGCUGGUGGCGCCGCCGCAGCCGCAGCCGGCCAAGCUGGGCGUCGGCGACAUCCUCCGCGCCCUGGACGAACACUUCCUCAAGGCGUCGCAGAGCGCGCACGAGGUGUCCAAGCUGCUCGAGGCCGCCAGGAUGCACUACCACUCCAACUUCGCUGAGACGCGAGGAUUUGUGGACCAUUCUGCCAGAGUGAUGCAAGUAAUCACUUGGAAUCGCUCGUUUAAAGGGAUACCUCAACCGGAAAAUGUGAGGAAUGAAAUGGACGAUGACGAAUGGGAGACACAUGCUACCACUCUUGAUAAGCUGCUUGCAUGGGAGAAAAAACUAUACCAUGAAGUCAAGGAUUUUGAGGUUAUCAGGAGGGAAUAUCAACAAAAGCUAGCUGUUCUCAACAAAAAGAAGCAGCGUGGUGUCACUUCUUCCUCACUUGAGAAGACCAAGUCGGUUGUUAGUCACUUGCACACAAAAUAUGUAGUUGAUCUGCAAACAAUGGAGUCAACAGUUGCAGAGAUCAACCGUCUCAGAGAUCAACAAUUAUACCCAAAACUUCUUGAACUUGUGAAGGGAAUGUGGCACAUGUGGGAUGCAAUGUACCUUCAUCACAAAACACAGCUCAAGAUCAUCUUGGAGCUCAAGUCGUUGGACAUCUCGGUCGCCCCGCGGGAAACAAGCGAGCAACACCAUGACCGGACCGUGCAGCUGUGGAAUGUUGUACAUGAGUGGCACACUCAGUUCGACAAGUUCAUGACAUACCAGAAGCAGUAUGUGGGAUCCCUCUACACCUGGAUCAAGCUGAAUGUGAUCCCCAUCGACACCAACUUGAAGCCAAAUUCAUCACAGCCACAUGAGACCACACCUCCCAUCAAGAGGGUGCUGCAUGCUUGGCAUGAAAUCCUCGGAAAGCUCCCCGAUGAGGCUGCCAAGAAGGCGAUAAACACGUUUGCAGAGAUCGUAAAGACAAUCCUGGUUCAUCAGGAAGACGAACUGAAGCUCCGGAUGAAGAUCGAGGAUACCAGGAGGGAUUAUGGGAAGAAGAGGAGGCAAUUCGAUGACUGGGCACAAAAGUACAUCCACCAAACUGCGGGUAUCCUUCCUGAGGACAGGAACCCUGACGGUGCACGCCCCGAUCCGAUGGCGGAACGGAAGGCUGCCAUGGAAAAGUUGGAGCUUUCUAUGAAGGAGCUGGAGGAGAUGUAUGUCAAGCAGUGCAGGGUGGUCAGGGAGAAGUCCCUCAGCCUUCUCAGGACGAAUUUGCCGGAGCUGUUCAGAGUUGUGUCGGAUUUCUCACUUCAGUCAGCUGGGAUGUUCAAGGGCGUGUGGUCGAUUGCACACACCAAUGACCAACUGGAUGAAUAAUAUAAGUUCUUUUGUUGUUGUAAUCUUUCUUUCUUUUUGUUUAUGUUCAUAGGUUGAUUAGUUGUUGUAUAUUGAUUUUUGGCUUGUGGUGCCGAGAUUAAAAAAAAAAGAAUGAUCCUUUUUGAGCUACUGUUGUUAAAAUUCGUAGUAUAGAUAUAGGAGUUUUACUUUUACAUUACAUGGUAUUUGAAAGAGGGAACUGUAUUUUUUGUUUCAUAUUUGAUAAAUAUUGUAGGCUUUAUCAUGAUGAGUUGCAACAAUAGAAGGAAGGUGAUUGCUUUAA